AUGCAAGUGGCAACAAACUAUGCUAAAAAGAAGGUGCUUGGAAAUGUCUCUGACAGAGUCCAUCAGAACAAACCAGCUUUUGAGACAGAUCCCGAGAUCUUGGCAGCAACCCAAGAAAUAGCAGCCAAGAAGAAGCAUCAUUGGUAUAACAAAAAGGUGCAAGCAACUCCAGAUCUGUUGCUGAGCAAGGAAGAGAGAAAGAUCCUGCUCAAAGUAAAGAAUAGGGCAUGGUAUUUGGAUAAAGGCUUUCACUGUUGCUGCUUCAAUAUUGGCGUGGAUGGGCUUGUUGGCUUGAUUCCCGGUAUUGGCGAUGCGAUUACAGCUGUGAUGGCUAUGCAGCUGGUCAGAACUGCCUCCAAGGCUAAUCUACCCAAGGCCAUCAUUGCUCAAAUGAUGUGGAAUGUGAUGCUUGAUUUCAUGAUUGGCCUUACGCCCAUUGCAGGUGACAUUUUGGAUAUUUUCUUCAAGUGUAACUGGCGCAAUGCAAUGCUAUUGGAAGAAUUUCUGAUUAUGCGAAGAAUGGAUGAGAUCAGACUCGAAAAAGGGCAACAUGCUGCCAUAAAUGCAGACCACACAGUUACGACGACAGCUGGGGCGCUAGAUGGCGGACCGUCUAAGCCCAAACAAGCUGCUACAUUGAAUCAUCAUCAUGAAAAUCAGGUUUCCCCUUUACCUCAUCCGCCGUCAGCUGGAUCGACUACGACAGAUCAAGCAGCAGCGAAGCCAGCGGACACCGAAAAGAACAAGUAUGGCACAUUUUUCAAAUGGAAAUAG